GUCGCAUGAAACCUCAUAGGCUUGAACUCACCCGAAUCAAGAAAUAAACUCUCUCUCUCUCUCUCUCUCUCUCUCUCUCUUGUAUUUCUCCUUUCUUCUCUCAAGCACGGAGUAUUUCCAACGUUUUCCUUCCCCUCUAUAAAGAUUCACCCUGUCCCUUGUUUCUCAAACACCCAAUUAAUGGCUCCUCAUCGUGUAACCAAGCCCACGGCCACGGGUUUAGCCCAGGCAGCGAGCCUGUCGAGCAGGGUCUACUUGACGUUCUUGGCAGGGGCCGGCGACUACGUGAAGGGAGUGGUUGGGCUGGCCAAGGGCUUGAGGAAGGUGAAGGCUGUGUACCCGCUUGUGGUGGCGGUGCUGAAUGAUGUACCAGAGGAGCACCGCCGUAUGCUGGUGGCUCAGGGCUGCAUGGUCCGAGAGAUUGGGCGGGUGCACCCUCCUGAGAACGGGACCAAGUUUGCGUGGGAAUAUCAUGCCAUCAACUACUCCAAGCUUCGUAUCUGGGAGUUUGUGGAAUACCACAAGAUGAUAUACUUGGACGGGGACAUCCAAGUCUACGACAACAUCGACCACCUCUUUGACUUGCCGGACGGCUCCUUCUAUGGUGUGGGGGACUGCUUGUGUAUGGGCUGGGAUGAGCAGUGCCCCGACAAGGUCCCAUGGUCUUCAGAGUUGGGACCGGAACCAGCUCUCUACUUCAAUGCCGGCAUGUUAGUUUUCGAGCCCAGCCUCUCAACCUAUGAUGAUCUCUUGAACACCCUCAAAGUCACACCUCAUACACCUUUUGCUGAACAGGACUUCUUAAACAUGUUCUUCAAGGAUAUUUUCAAACCCGUCCCACCGAUUUACAACCUUAUUGUGGCCACAUUGUGGCGUCACCCAGGACACAUUGAGAUCGACAAAGUGAAAGUUGUUCAUUAUUGUGCAGAGGUAUCGAAGCCGUGGAGAUAUAAUGGGAAAGGGAAGAACAUGGACAGGGAAGACAUAAGGAUGCUAGUGAACAAGUGGUGGGACAUAUACAAUGACGAGUCAUUGAACUACAAAUGGAUCAGCGUAUCAUCAGCUGUAGACGGUAUGACUGAAAAAACUUCAUGGUGAUGCAAUUGGAGGCUGGUGGCGUUCAUCACCUUAUAGCUCCGCCCAGUGCCUAAACUGUGUCUGUAGGGCCUUCUGAAUCUUGUUUUGCCUUCUGAGACUUUGUUUUCUUUUAAAAGUUUAAACAUAAAAAUAGGGUCAUCUUCCUUGAUGUGCAGGAACGUUAAAGUAGGACGGGGAUUUUCUCUAUUGUAUAAAGAUUUUAUUUGAUU